CAUGCUCGCUCAGACCUGAACCCGCUAGCUUUUGCAUGUUCUAGAGCAGAGCGCUAGCAUCGUCGUCUGAUCGAGGGAUCGGGGUGGUCUGGCAAUGGAGGAGUCCUCUUGCAACACGGUGCCCCCGGGGUUCAGGUUCCACCCCACGGAGGAGGAGCUCGUCGGCUACUACCUCGCCCGGAAGGUCUCCUCCCACAAGAUCGACCUCGACAUCAUCCAGGAGGUCGACCUCUACCGGAUCGAGCCGUGGGAUCUUCAAGAGAGGUGCGGCAAGUACGGCGGCGGCGGAGGAGGGCAGGAAGAUCCGACGACGGAGUACUACUUCUUUAGCUACAAGGACCGCAAGUACCCCAGCGGCACGCGCACCAACCGCGCCACGGCCGCCGGCUUCUGGAAGGCCACCGGGAGGGACAAGCCGGUGCUCUCCUCGUCCUCGUCGUCUCCCGCGGCCGUGAUCGGCAUGAGAAAGACGCUUGUCUUCUACCGCGGCCGCGCCCCCAACGGCCGCAAGACCGACUGGAUCAUCCAUGAGUACCGCCUCCAGUCCAACGAGCACGCGCCCACACAGGCAUGCAAAUCUCCAUCCAUGCAGAUUCAAGAUUCAUCUCCAUGCAUGCAUGCAACGAAUUUUGUUGUUCAAUUGCAGUGCUAAUUAAUUUUGUGGGCUGAUUUGAUCGUUCAGGAGGAAGGGUGGGUGGUGUGCCGCGCGUUCGUGAAGCCGGUGCCCAGCCAGCAGCACAGGCUGUCCUACGGCGGCGGCGGGUACCCGACGAUGAACGGCAGCUACAGCUCCGCCUCCAAUUACUACUACUACGACAACCCUAACGCGCGCCUGAUGGUCGCCGGCGGGGGUCCGCCACAUGAUCAGCAUGUUCUGGCGGCGGAGUCCAAGCAGCAGGUGCAGCUGUUCCCCUCCGACCUGCCGCCGCCACUCCAGAGCCCGACCUUCGACGGCGAGGGCGAGGGCGACAUCUCGCAGAUCAGCGGUGGGUGUAGCAGUGCGGAUCAGCAGCUGGCGGCUGCUGCUGGGACGAUCGACUGGAACCUGUGGAGCAGCUUGCUGCCGUCCACGGCGCCACAGCUCUUCCACGGCCAGACAAUGACGCCGCCGCCGGCAGCCAAUUCGAGCUCCUCCAAGAACACUUAACGACAUAAUAUUUGAUCCGGAGGAUUCAGAUUAUCUUGACUGAUGAUUAAUUGUUGACAAUUUGAUCAUACGACGGAGUAUGUAUGUUUGACGACUACUUGCCAUUUUUACAUGUGGCUAAUUAGUUUCCACUUUGAUUCUAGGGCAUAGGAUGAUAUAUACAAAUAUACUUACAAUACAUCAACAUAUAUAUGUAAUUUCAGUAAUGGGAUUUGGAACUCAGGAUUGAUCAACCCUAGUUAGCUAACUAGUAUUUCCUUUGUCAUGUCAAUUUCUCCAUAUGAAGCUCACAUCACUACAUCAUUGUAUACUUGCGUUGGCACGUAAAGAGCGAUUUUAUUCA